AUGUCGGGCCGCUCCUUCCCAUCGUCGAUCACCUCGUGGGUUUCUCACUGCUCUUCAUCGAUUAGUGGGUCAGCCGGGCAUUGCACAAGUGGUGUUAAGCUUGAUUUUGUGCUCUUAGAAGUGGCAAAACCAUAUGGGACUGAAGGUUUAGUCACACUACCGCGAAUCUACCUUCUGCAUUUGUAUCGGUUUGCCGUUUCAUGGAUUAUCAUUUGUGUCCGGAAUGGUACGCCCAAAUCCGAAAAUCACUUCCGAAGACGAGAAUUCUCCAGUGAUGGGGACGAGGAAAGCGAUGAGGAUGGAUCUCAAUAUAUUAGUUUGAUUGGGACGUAUACCAAAACGGUCAGAUGCUCACAUACUUAUCCAGGAGUAAAGUUACAAAAACAGACACGACCUCGCUGCUGGCGUGAUGUGGCCAUAAUGGAUGUGGAUUCGAAGCCGACCUUCGUGCUCAAAACUUCGUGGAUGUUUCAUAAGGACAAGCUGCCCGAGACCAUGGCAACAAUUACUGAUUUGACAUGUCAAUCUUAUUCCACAUGUUUUGAGGCAGAUACGAAAACGGAUGGAGAUCCCAAAGCUAACAAUCUGUUCAAUAGGAAACGCUAUUUGCCUGAUCAAUCCCACUCAAGAUAUGAUGAUGCAACAAAUGGACACUCCUUUGUACAUUUUUGCAGCGAGCGCAACUGUUACACGAUGGAACGUGAUCAUUUUGGGGACAGGAUUCGUUAUUGCUACGAGUGCCGCUUUGUGAAGCCGGACAGAAUCCACUGCAGCUCUUGUGGAUUCUGUGUGUUGAAGAGUGCAACCAUUACUAUUCUUGAU